AUGAUGGUAGUCAAAUUGGCAACAUUGGGUUUUUGGAGAGGGACUUCUUCUAGGCGGCGGUCGGUCGGAAGUGACGAACUGGUUCGGGGCGGGCAGAAGACGUCGCGACGACGACGAACGGACAUCGUCUCCAGAAUCGACUCAGCCGUCCUAAUCGAUGAUAUGGGCGACACGCAUGUCACGUCUUCUUUUCAGGGGCCAUUCUUUCGGAGACUCUACCCACGCUGACAGCGCCACUAACGACGGCCACUUGUUUUAUUGAGAUUUGUCUGAUUAUUGAAGUCUUUUUUUUUUUUGCAAAUUUGCUCUUUUUUCAUUUUACUUUUUUUCAUUUGAGAUCACUUCAGUAAUCCGAGAAUUUUCCAUCGGGUUGGAAAUUAGUUUGAGGAUGUAUAUCUGUUCAAAAUAUUUUUCGCAAGAAUGAGAGAAAAAAGAUUGACGCCGGAUAGUAGCAAGAAGACGGAUUUUAGCAAAAAAAAAACUUUAUAUGUUUGUCUCGAUUGGACUGAUAAAUCACAUAUCUUUUUUUAAAGUUCAUAAAUUUCUAUGAGAUAAUUCAAAAAAUUCAACUUGUAGUAGAGAUAAAUUGAAAUUUCUCUGAGAAAGCUACAGGGAGCGCUAAAACAUAGUUUAUAUCUUAGCAAGGCUUCGUCGAAGUCUAUUUUAACAUUCUUCAAUUUUCGUCAACGUUUCUGAACCUCGAAGUCUCUUCAAUUCUUUAAUUGAAUAUAGGUGUAUGACUACUUCAAUGACAGAAAACCAUGUCUCCCACGUAGGAUCAAAAAUCGACAAUGCCAAAAAACGCAGCACCCUUUUUCUAAGAGAGGUCAAAUUAUUAGGAAAACGAAAAAUGAAUCGAUUUCAGGUCUUUGA